UUAGUUCACACUGAAUAUAUCAGCGCUGAACAUGUCACCUCUUCACAGGAAGAUUUCUACGUUAUUAUUCGUGUUACUUUUGACGCUCACCUGUAACUAUUUCUGGGUUGCGAGAAGAAUGUGGAAACGAGUGACCUGCGUGAGUAAACCUGACAGUGAUUAUAACCACAUUCAUUUCCCUGAUAUUCCGAACAUGACACUCUUAGAGUCAGUGUUGGGAUUAAAACAACCAGGUGCCAAUGGUACUGCUGUCGUAGUGGAUGUGAAGAAGUUGCCCAAAGAAGAAGCUGAGAAGUUCCAGAGGAGUAUUGAGGAGAGGGAGUACUCCAGUUAUACCAGUAGUCUCAUACCUCUUCAGAGAUCUCUGCCUGAUGUCCGCCUACAAGGAUGUUACACACUCUACUCAGACCUCAACCUCCCUGAAACCAGUGUGAUCAUUAUUUUCUACAACGAGCAUUGGUCAGUCCUGUUACGCACUGUCCACAGCAUCAUGGACAACACUCCACCUCAUCUGAUCAAAGAGGUCAUCUUGGUGGACGAUGCAUCCACAGACGAGGUUCUGAAGGAACCACUGAAAGAGUAUGUGUCCAGAUUCAGGAAAGUGCAGAUAGUUCGAGCGGAGUCCCGACAGGGCUUGAUAAGAGCACGGAUGAUGGGUUUUGAGCAUUCUACUGCUCCUGUAGCAGUGUUUAUGGACGCACAUUGUGAAUGUUUUCCUGGCUGGCUGGAACCAUUGGUGACAAGGAUCGCCGAAAAUGAUUCAAUAAUUACCACACCUAUGAUACACGGCGUUAACCCCUUGAACUUUGGUGUUACCAUGACAACGAAUAUCCGGUUACAGUGGGUGUCUUUCCCUGAGCUACGAUUUGCUUGGAUGAACGUUCCACAGCGUGAGAAAUUAAGACGAAAACGACCAACAGACCCCUACCGUUCGCCUGCAAUGGUAGGAUGCGUCUUUGCGAUUAGUCGAAGAUGGUUCCGGAAGCUGGGUCAGUUUGAUCCCGGCAUGGAGGUGUGGGGUGCCGAGAACACGGAGCUCUCCCUCAAGACCUGGAUGUGUGGGGGAGGUUUGGAGUUAGUACCCUGCUCCAAUGUUGGCCACAUGUACCGUCCAAAUAAAUACUACGACUCCAAUCCUCCUUUCUUCAGUCGCAACAUUGCCAGAAUUGCCAACGUUUGGAUGGACGGCUACAACGUCUUCGCCCGCAACCACGACGGUGCCUUGGCCGAUGUCGGCGACAUCUCUGACAGGUUGAAGCUACGACGGGAUCUGCACUGCCAUUCCUUUGAGUGGUACCUUGCUAACGUCAACCCGGAGUCUUACAUUGUUGGAGAUGGGAUAUAUACUGGCGAGGUGCGGAAUGUGGGCUUAGGGACUUUUUGUAUUGACGACACUUAUGGGAGCAAGAGGUUGGUAUCACCCAUCGCUUUGUUCACGUGCCAUGGGCAGCUAGGGAAUCAACUGUGGGACUACACAGAGCUCAGGGAAAUCAAGAACUUCAUGUUUUGCUUCCAGGAGACUACAGGGCCUGUUGCCAUGGCAAUAUGUGACGAAGGUGAGAUGAAGCAAAAAUGGCGUUAUGAUCCAUCUGCUGAUGGACAUGGUCCGGUUGUGUCCGCCAGUGGCCUCUGUCUAAGCGUGGACACCACCCAGCUGAUUCUUAUUACAGAGACAUGUAACGGCAACGGCCUCCAGUUGUGGCGAUGGAGAAAGAGGCGUGAGCCGCGCACAUGGAAAUUGAAAAACUCAAUGUGAGUUGAGGAGCAAGCUGUAUGAUUUCAAAGCACCAAACAUUUUCUUAAUAUACCCAGCAUUGUGU